AUGACAUUGGAAUCGGCACUCAGCGGUGAGGAGGAGAAAUCUAAGACGGUUUUGGUAACGCAAAGUAGCGGUGGAGUGAAGACUAGUCCAGUGGGAAGGCCGGAAGUGGCGGAAAUCGGAACUAGUCCGGUGAAGAAAUUGCCGAAUCGAAUCGAAGGGAGUUGUCAAACUUAUCCUCCUCGAGCUGAGGAAAAAGGAGAGGACAGUGGCGAUGACAAUACGGUUUGCUCUGCUGAGGAUGUGAAGUGGCUAAAACGCGAAGUUUGCCGGUUAAAACAAGAAGCUGUGGAGUCGGCUAAGUGCGCUACUAAUAAGUUGAGGAGCGCGAGAGAUCAACUGUCGGCUCGGGAGGUUGAUUUGGCGCGUGCCCAGCGAGCUGGAGAAAUGGCGGAAAUUCGUAUUGGAGAAAUUGAUAGGGAACUGAGGGAAGCAGUGGAGAAAUUACGGGAGGAAAUGGCGAUUAAUGAAAGGCUCGAAACGAAAUUGAAAAUGAUGGUGGCGCAGUUGUCUUUGGCGAGAAGUGAGAGUUCGGGAUUGCGUGAUGAAGUAGUGAGAAGACGCAGAAUGAUGGAGAAAAUGGACGAACGAGAGGCUAGGAGCGUUGCGAGUCUGGAAAGGAGUGGUAUGGCCUUGGCCGAUACCGAGGGGCUCUUGCUGAAAAUGGAGGAGCAAACAGCCAAUCUGGCGGAGGACACCGAAAGAUUUUUGGAAGAAUACGCCCGAGUGUGUCUAAAUGAGGAGCGCGAGAGGAUGAUCAGUAACGAUCUGUAUGGUCAUUCAGUCCGAGUCGAGGAGCGUCGAAAGGACCUUCAGCGUGUGGCUGGGACCGAUGUGAAUAGGGAGGAGAGCCGGCAAAUUGUCGAAUGCAGUGAAGUGGAGUUGCACAGCUCUCGAGAGGAGGUGGAAGGACGGCCGCAGGAUGUUGUGAUUCUCCAGAGUCAGGCCAGGCUCAGCGGGGUGGCCGACAGCAUUGACUUCGGUAGUGAUCAGAUGAGGGCUCUCACUGAGUACGUGGAAAGGAUGUCUGCUGAAUACGCCCGAGUGUGCCUAAAUGAGGAGCGUGAGAGGAUGAUCAGUAACGACCUGUAUGGUCAUUUAGUCCGAAUCGAGGAGCGUCGGAAGGACCUUCAGCGUGUGGCUGGGGACGUUGCUGCUAAGACUGAUGUGGUGCUGAUGAAGGAAGCAUGGAACAGGGAGAGGAGGGAGAUGAUGCGAGAGGAUCGCGAAGGCCAUUUGGAGGCACUCGUGGAGGCUCUAGUAGAUCUCCAGGCUUCUCGAGAGAUCAAAGCAGUUGAACAUUCUACCACUAGAUUGCUGAGUGUUGGAGUGCAGACUAUGCGAGUGGCGCGAUGGAACUCAGUUGUGCAAGCGUCCCCCCGAGUCGCUGAGGUUGGCGUACAGAGUCGUAUUGAGACGUCUACGGUGGAGUCCCAAACUAGUGGCGUGGGGAAGAGGAAUAGGAGCAUCUCGAGAUUGACGCAGACUGCUGCUGCUGCUGCUGACUCUGAUGAUGAUCGAGUGAUGGUUCAUCCGGUUGAUGCCGAACAUAAAGCAGCUAUACGGGAAGAGGCGAUAAGGGAGAUCAAGGCACAUAUGGAGGAGCAAGUGAGGAUCACCAGAUGCAACGGUCAGGUUCGACUGCGAGCUCGAGAGGAAUCAUAUCGAGCUGAAGUAGAAAGACUAGGCCGAGAACAUCAACGUGCUACCGCGGAGCUCGAGCGUCGUCAUGCUGAGGAUCUACGAGUGCAGCGUCUACGGUUGGAAAGGCAGUGGCAAGUGAGACGAUCGAUGGCGGAGAUGUCGAAGAAAAAGGAGACUCGGGAGGCAGCUGUGGUACCUCAGCCAUUGAGGAUAGAUGAGGACAUGAUUGUAACACCGCGAGAUGAGAUUCGUUCGUCUUCAUCAUUCAACAUGCAUCAAGUGUUCGAUGAGCGCCCAGGUCCAAAUGCUAUCCGCCGAGCAAGUGCUGCUCGAGUGGUCGAAUCGGUCAGGAGUGGCAGAAGGAGAGUGAUCGAGAGAACACUCAGGCCUAAAUAAUUAGUAUUGAAAAGUAUAUAAGUUGCUCUCAUGCUACUG